CACUAAAAUAGCAACACCAAAAGACUGAUGUCAUAGUUGAAAGCAGUCCGGAUGAGUAUUUUAACAAAAAUAAAAUAAUAAAGAUCUCGUAUAGUUUAUUAAUUAUUAGCUCUUAUUAAUAAAAAUGGAACUAAAUGAUGUCAUCGUGAAUCAACCUGUGGUUAUAGACAAUGGUUCUGGAGUAAUUAAAGCUGGAUUUGCUGGUGACCAAAUACCAAAAUGCAGAUUUCCAAACUACAUCGGACGUCCAAAACAUGUCCGUGUAAUGGCGGGCGCGCUAGAGGGGGAGUUGUUUGUAGGUCCUCGUGCAGAGGAACACAGAGGGCUCCUCAGCAUAAAAUACCCGAUGGAACAUGGAAUUGUUACAGAUUGGAAUGACAUGGAAAGAGUUUGGAAUUAUAUUUAUAGUAAAGAUCAACUAUCAACAUUCUCUGAAGAGCAUCCAGUCUUGUUGACAGAGGCACCUCUAAACCCUCGUCGUAACAGGGAAAAGGCGGCCGAAGUCUUCUUCGAAACAUUCAAUGUACCAGCCCUGUUUCUCUCGAUGCAAGCCGUUCUUAGUUUAUAUGCAACGGGACGUACGACCGGUGUCGUUUUGGACUCCGGGGACGGAGUGACUCACUCGGUGCCCAUAUACGAGGGUUUCGCGAUGCCGCACAGCAUCAUGAGGGUCGACGUUGCUGGGAGAGACGUGACCAGAUAUCUGAGGCUGCUUCUCCGUAAAGAGGGCGUUAAUCUGCGGACGUCAGCGGAGCUGGAGAUCGUUAAGGCCAUCAAGGAGAGGGCCUGCUAUCUCUCCCCUAACCCCCUGAAGGAGGAAGCCCUGGACUCUGAGCGGGCCCAUUACACGUUACCGGAUGGCACUCAGCUGGAGAUUGGUCCAGCAAGGUUCCGAGCGCCUGAAGUGCUGUUCCGACCUGAUCUCAUCGGGGAAGAGUGUGAAGGUCUACAUGAAGUGUUGAUGUUCGCAAUCCAGAAGUCUGAUAUGGACCUGAGGAAGGUUCUGUACCAGAACAUAGUCCUGAGCGGGGGCUCGACGCUGUUCCGGGGCUUCGGUGACCGUUUGCUGGCUGAGAUACGCAGGCUCGCACCCAAGGACAUGAAGAUCAGGAUCUCAGCGCCUCAAGAACGUCUCUACUCCACGUGGAUAGGAGGCUCGAUCCUCGCCUCCCUGGACACGUUCCGGAAGAUGUGGGUGUCCAAACGGGAGUACGAUGAGGAGGGACACAGGGCUGUUCACCGCAAGACGUUCUAAACUACAUCUCGAAUGCAAAUAAUAAUACAGCUGUUUUGUUUUGCUGUGACAAAAGUGUAGCUUCUUAAUUGCUGAAUCAGUUUUGAUGAAGUUCAUUCCAAAUGUAACAAGAGAUAUGAAGGAGAUUUGUUGUGAGGCAAUCUCGUCUUACAUUGAUUAACAGUUGAACGCUUAAAUUUAUAUAUAAAGGUGAUUUUUUUUCUUUUCUAUGUAUAUAUACAAGUUCUUCGAUGUUAUAUUUAAUCUGUGCUGGUUUAUUUUUGUUAUUGAUUUCUGCAUUGUGUUUCGAUUGUGUUGGUUCGACUUUGUAUUGUCAGAUUAUUAGGCAUGGGCGAUAUUUGAAUUUUGUGGCAUCAUGCACCAGGAAGAGAUGAAACGAAUCUCAUAUCGAAAUCGGUUUAACAUUCGCCUCAUCUCUUUCUCACGGACGGGUCACCGUGAAGUUAAAGAGAGACAGGAAGAAUAUUUCAUGCGUUUAAUGUAAUCGUACUUUGAAUGCAUUGACGUACCAGAACGAUAUACAUAGUUUUAUUAGAUGUGAAAUCGAUGGCAUCUGAUAUACCGACAACGUUCGAUUUAAGAUUCGUUUUGAUACAUCAGACACAUGCGUACAGAUUAUAAGCGAUUCCUUAAAAUUUAGUAGACUUUUUUAAGUGGUAUGUUUUAAAAGUAUCAAAUUUUCUGAACGAGCACUGAACGAAGCGAACACUCGUUGAAAUUAUUCAAACAAAUCAAAGUCAUAAUAAUAAAUGUGUUCACAUUAUGUGAACUUCGUUAAUUAUCGUAUAUUAAUUGUGUAGUAUUCUUCAAUGGACACUUUGAAGACGCAAGCUAAUUUCAAAAUUUAUUUUUUGACCUAUCCGAGUUUGAGCUCAACGGAACAGUUAAUUUUGGUAUAUUUUAAAGGAUUAUAUUUCAUGUAAAGCUAUCACCGAUUUAGAUUUUACUGAGAACUAACCGAUAUAAAACUAUUUUCCACCAAUAAAAGAUAAAUUAAACUUCAAUUUAGGUAUUAAUUGCGAUUUGCUAAUAUCUCAGCUAUAUUGUGUACUUAACGGUUCUUGAUUAAUAUAUCUUUGUUUAUAAUACAACACUAUUACACUUAACUACUUGUAUCCACUUUAAUUUUACUCCCAAUGUUUCGUGGACGUUCUAAACGCCAUCUUUGCAAAUCCGUUUUGCGUCAAAAACAUUAUUACCAACAGAGUAUAACUUAAAAAUCAAAAUAUACUUUAUUCAAGUAGGCUUUUACAAGCACUUUUGAAUUGUCAUUUAACAAAAUAUUUAAAGUAUAGCUACCACCGGUUCGGAAUGUAGAUUCUACCGAGAAGAACCGGCAAGAAACUCAGUAGUUAAUCUUUUUCAACAUCAUAACCUAACAUAUUAAAAAAUAACCAAAAGUUAAAUUCACAGAUCAAUUAUUUGCUUAAGUUGGAAUGAUACACUUAGAGUAAUCUUAAUGACAGCUUUCUUUAUAAUUCUAGGUAUUAUUAUUUAUUUUGCAUCCUAAAAUAACUGAAACUAUGAAUUAUGCAUGUAACAUGUACUUGUUUUUUAAUAAAACUAAUUCCGUUUUACAUGUUAUAUAAUAAUUUAUGUGGCAACACGAAUAUGUACAUUAUUGUAAUUGGUAUAACAUGCUGUUAUGAUAUUAAACAUGCACAUUUAGUAUAUGCAUGUUACAUGCAAAUGCAUGCAUUAGAUUUAAGUGUAAGCGAGCAAGAUAUAAAGUAUUUAAUGUUGAGAGAUUUUUUUGUAUUCCAAUAAAUUAUUUUUAACUCA